GUUCUUGUCACUCUUCAGCUAGUUUUGUUGGGUGAUUCUGGCGUUGGUAAAAGCUGUAUUGUUCUGCGUUUUGUUCGCGGUCAGUUUGACCCCACAUCCAAGGUGACAGUUGGAGCUUCAUUCUUGUCACAGACGAUAGCUUUGCAAGAUUCUACAACAGUUAAAUUUGAAAUAUGGGACACUGCUGGCCAAGAGAGGUAUGCUGCAUUGGCCCCCCUUUACUAUCGCGGUGCUGCAGUUGCAGUGAUUGUAUAUGAUAUAACAAGUCCGGAAUCUUUCAACAAAGCGCAGUAUUGGGUUAAGGAGCUACAGAAACAUGGGAGCCCUGAUAUUGUCUUGGCCUUGGUCGGUAACAAAGCUGAUCUUCAUGAGAAACGUGAAGUUCCUGUUCAAGAUGGCAUUGAAUAUGCAGAAAAGAAUGGAAUGUUCUUUAUUGAGACCUCUGCAAAGACAGCAGAUAAUAUUAAUCAGCUGUUUGAGGAAAUUGCCAAGCGACUACCCCGCCCAGCCGUUUCGUCAACGCAGAAUCCAUGAGAGCCAAUUAAUUAAAGAACUUGUUCAUGUUAUGGAGACCUAGUUACGUUUUUUCAAUUCUCAAUUUGUGUAUAUUGUGAAAUAGUCUGUAACUUUUGCUUUUCAAUGGGCUAUGGGUUUCAACCGAUAGUUUCAACUCGAAAUUCAUGAUCAUUAUUGGCACCAAGGAAUAACCUAUAAAUGGAUGCGAACCCACUGUAGCAUAGCUGCUGAUCAAAGGGUUAUACUGUAUUAGA